CGCAUCCGGACUUAUGCUGCAGGUGCGCAAGAAGGUCGCGCACGGCCGACGCGGCUUCUCCAUGUACGUGCCAGCGCACGAAGCGCCGGACGACGACGCGAUGAGCAAGCUCCAGGAGCUGCUGUACCAUGCGUCCAAGGUCGUCGUGCUCACGGGCGCGGGCAUCUCGACCGAGAGCGGGAUCCCCGACUACCGCUCCAAGGGCGUCGGGCUCUACGCGCGCUCCAAGCACAAGCCGAUCGAGCACCGCGACUUUAUGGGCCACGAAGGCGUGCGGCAGCGGUACUGGGCGCGCAACUACAUGGCCCGCCACCAGUGGCAAGGCGCACAGCCCAAUGCCAACCACUUGCUCCUCGCGCAGUGGCAGCACGACUCUCGGGGCGACGUGCGCAUCGUGACACAGAACGUCGACCGGCUGCAUCAAAAGGCCGGCGCGCGCGACGUCAUUGAGCUCCAUGGCUCGAUGGACGAAGUCCGCUGCAUGAACCCGGCGUGCGACGCGCCAUCGAUUGCCCGCGAAGACUUUCAGGCGGUGCUUGAUGCGCUCAACCCCGGUUUCGUCGAGAAGGUCCAGGCCGACAAUGACACGCUGGCCAAUGCGAUGCAAGUGCGCCCGGACGCCGACAUGUACCUCUCGACCGAGAUGGAGCGGCUCUUCCACGUCGCCCACUGCCCGGUCUGUCGCAUCGGGUUUUACAAGCCCAACGUCGUGUUUUUUGGCGACUCAGUCGCGCCGGCCAUUGUGCGUCAGAUCUACCAUGAUGUUGACACGGCCGACGCGAUGCUCGUGCUCGGGUCGUCGCUGCAUGUGUUUUCAGGGUACCGCUUCCUCCUCCGCGCCAAAGACGCCCAUGUGCCGAUCGGCAUUGUCAACAUUGGCCCGACGCGCGGCGACGGCCUCGCCACGGUCAAGGUCAACGCCAAGUGCAGCAGCGUGCUGCGCGACCUCCACCUCGUAUAGUCCAUAGAUCGACGCUGCAUAUGGCGAUGAACCCACGCAGUAAGACACACGGUAGAGGUUGCGUCUUACGUUGGACACGAGUCGUAUGUCUCUACUUGAUCUCGGGGAAGAGCAUCUUGCGGA